CAUUUGAGUUCUCGUUAUUUAAAUACUUUGUUGCAGUAAGUAUUAAUCAACCUAUUACUUCAAGCUUUCAACUAAUUUUUUUUUUAAUAUGACAACUGUUGUGAAAACCAUAUUAUCCACCAUGCUGUUGGUCUCUAUACUCCAGUUUUUAAGAGCAGAGAGGUCAUACGAUUUAAUCAUAGAAGAUGUGCUCGUUUCUACUUACAAUAAAGAGUAUUUUACAGAACCUGAUCUUUAUAUAGAUGAUUCAAAUGCACUAAUUGUUAACAUUUCAAUAAUAAAACAGUUUCCUAUUGGUACUGAGGAUAGAUUAAAAAUAAUGGCAGCAUCGAUGGGUGAAUAUGUCAUAGAUAUCGGAAUAGAUGUAAAGAUGGAUUUUUGUGACUCUUUAGAAGAACCUAUAGUUAUGGGUCCAUUAUUUAAGGCAUUAGGAUUUGAUGCAGAUAAUUGCCCACCUGGUGUUGGUGUUUACGGAUCUGUAGGUUAUCAAAUACCAAUGGAGCAACUACCUGAUGGUUUUAUGCCUAACAAUUAUAAGGUUAUUCUUGAUAUAUUUUAUGAAGCUCAAAAUUUAAUAACUCUACAUUUAUUCAGCAAGGUUACGUAAUUCUUAAGAACUGUUUGCAAUUAUUUUUUUCUGCAUCAGACGUUCCUUGAAUUUCUUU